AUGAAUGAGGAGAAACACAGAGGUGAUAAAGUUCAGGAUCUGAAGCUCCCGGUGAAGCUCCCGGUGAAGCUCCCGGUGAAGCUCCCGGUGAAGCUCCCGGUGAAGCUCCCGGUGAAGCUCCCGGUGAAGCUCCCGUACAAAAACCCCAAACUCCUCAAAGACAAUCCCGGGACAGUAUUCGCUGACCGCUACAAAGAGGGCGAACACCUGACGCGUAGUGCCAGCCUAUCAGAGAAGGAGUUGAAGGAGGCGAGGGUGAGGUCACAGAUCAUCGCGGCCCAGCUGACCGUCCCGUCUGGCUGCUCCAAUUCACGCGGCGUCCAGCUCUUCAACCGCCGCAAGCAGAGGGUCAACGCCUUCACGCUAGAGAGCUGCGGGGAAAGAACGAGAGAAGAGGAGAGAGACGGAGAUAACAGGAACAACAACCUGACAUGGGAGGAGGAGAGGGAGGGUCCUAGUGAAGGGACAGAGACAGACAGACAACUGAACCGGAAGAACAGCAGCGGGACAAAACCAACACUCUGGUCGCCAUCCUUUGGAUGUGAGGUCACAGGAAGUGACAUCAUGGAGGACCCAGGCGACGAGCACAUCUACGAGGAAGUGGACGUGAUACAAGAGAGACACUUCCAGCCGGUGAACGAGAGAGAAGAGGAGGAGGAAGAGAGGAGUGGAGAGAGAGAAAGAGAGGAGAUAUACGAGGAUAUUGAGGGUGAAGUGAAGGAUGAGAUUAUACCAGUAAAUGACAACAACACCGGUACAGUCAGAGAGGAAGUGGGGAUGAAUAGGGGCUCAUACCCCACAGCUCCCUCUGAGACCCGUAAUGGCUUCCACAGCACCCAGGGCUCUGCUGGAGAGAUCCAAAAUGGCGGGCGAGUUUCUAUGUCCCUGUCCAGACAGACCCCCACCAUCGUCAACCGGACAGCCAGACCCUUCUUCUCCCCGCCCACCGUACAGCUUAAGUCCCCAGAGGCCAGGAGUCCUGUCAUGGAUAACAACAUACUCCCAGCCCCCUCCUACUCCACUCCCCCUCUCCCUGCUUUCACUGCCACUCGCCCUGUCGCCUUCUCCCCUCCUCCCCCUCUUGCUUCAUGCUCCAUGCCUCCUCUCCCAGCCUUCCCCAUCCAUCCUCCUCCUCCCUCUCAGUCUCUCUCCAGUCCUACUCCCAAGUCUACCGUCAUGUUCCCUAGGUCUACCCCCGCCCCCCAGUACAACCCUCCUCCUACAGCUGCCCCAGUGUCCCAAUAUCGACCCCCCAACCCUCUUGUCACCCAAUACAUCCCUCCUCCAACCUCCCCCAGACCCAACACCUUUGUCCCCUUCACCCCUCAGCCUAUUGGUCAACAGAACCAGCAGCAGCCAAUCAAAACGGGCAUUCUGGAGAAAGGGGCGGCGGCCAUCAGACGAUCGUCAACAGCCAGGAAGUCCAUGUUCACCUUUAAGGAGAAGCCUGUCAUGGCACCCAACCCUGAACUCCUCUCUCUGGUCCAGGGGAACGAUGACAGGAAGAAGCACGGCCUCCGCUCCGUUCCCGACCCAGCCCCAGAGGAGGAGCUGCUGGCUCUGGGGGCCGAGGCCUCUAACUUCCUAGCCAGGGAGGAGGUGAAGGCGGAGGCUGCCAACGUGCCGGAGUGGUCCUCCUGUCUCAAGAGCUCCAGGACCAGGGAACCCAGGGGGCAGCACCAGCCAGAGCAGACCCUGACCAACGCAUCAGGGAAGGGGGCCGAGCUGUUCGCUAAGCGCCAGUCCAGGAUGGAGAAGUACGUAGUGGAGAACCAGAAUGUCUCCGGUGGUGGAGGUGGUCAGAUGAGGUCUCCGUCUCCCACCGCGUCUCUGCCGCCGUCUUGGAUCUAUCCAUCUAAUAUGCCUGGCCGGGUCAAAGCUAUCGCUAACAACACUGACCUCAGCGCCAGGCUGACACGGACCCUCCAGACCCCUCAGCCCGCGAACAGGAGGCCCAGCCAGCAGGCUCCAACCCCGGCCCCGGUCCCCGAGGAACCACCCCUGGAGWACGGCUGCACCAAGAUAGAGAUGGACCUCUCCAGGCACKAGCCCUACCAGCUCAACUCCUCCCUGUUCAUCUUCAACCCAGUCCAGGACUCUACCAGCACCCUGCUGAGCGCUCUGCCCCGAGGGGCCCCUCCACCACCCAAACCCCUGGUCUCAUCUGAGGCCUACUCCAGGCAGGCCCUCCGCUCUCCACUCGAGCCUAGAGAACAGCAAACCUACCAAGCUCUUCAGGAGUCUAGAGAACAGCAGACAUACCAGGCCCUUCAGGAGCCUAAAGAACAGCAGACCUACCAGGCCCUUCAGGAGCCUAGAGAACAGCAGACCUACCAGGCUCUUCGGGAGUCUAGAGAACAGCAGACCUACAGUACCACACUCUUCAGGAGUCUAGAGAACAGCAUAUCUGCCACGCUCUUCAGGAGUCUAGAGAACAGCAGACCUACCAAGCUCUUUAGGAGCCUAGAGAACAGCAGGUCUCCAUAA